AUGUUUCAGGUAAAUUGCGUAACCUUUACUAGAUUUUGUUUAGUUUACCUCUUCUUUCCCAGGAGAGUUAAUCCUCUCUCUCCUGGAAAUUCUAAGAUCUGUGAGCUUUUUAAUGUGACAGAAUAUAUAAAUCCAUAUUGUAGUGGAUGGCACUGGGCUGUCCUGAGAAUUGCAUAUGUUUUGAAUGCAUUUGUGUAAAAGGCAAAGUUAUAUGUGUUAAAUGUAUUGUAUACGUCUGAUUGUUCGUUAGUUUCAUUCCCUUAGUUUGUUCGAAUGAAACUACCGAACAGAUAGACCUCCCCUGUGUGAAGUGUGCCUUCAAUUACCCAUUGCAACAUUGUUGCGAACGGGUAAUUGACAUGCUGAGUAGCCGUCCUUUGUUCUCGGGGGUGGCCGCCAUUUGGGAAAUGAACACGUGGCGGCGGCCAUUUUAAAACUCCCGAACAGCGGUGUUUUGCCAUCGAGUGUCUGGAACUCAAAUCGGACACUCGACUAGGCGAACACCGCUGAGACCUCCACAAGCCCGGUCAGUUCGGUUCCAAACUACCGAACGGCCCUUCGUUCGGUAGAUAGAAACAACCGAACGAGGGGAUUCAGAUGAAACCUCCCUAGUCUCUGUAACUGGAGGCUUUCGUGCAGUUUCUUCCCUUACUCCAGGACCAACCGCAGGGCCCCAUCGCAUGGAACCCCAUUCGGCUGUUCUUUCCAGCGCGGUCAGUCAUUUUAUUCCCUCCAUAAAUUUCCCAAACCCCUGGUCUGAUCUAGGUGAUUUUUGGAUAUGUUGUUCACCCAGAUCAGGGCUACCAGGGGAUGCAUAAUUUAAAGAGCUACCCCUAGGUUUAGGGGUACAUCCAGAAACGGGGGGAAUUGGUGUCCUGGAUAAGGGGAUUAUGAUGCAGUCUGAGGGGAGGAAAUGUGUGGGAGGUUACUAGAACAGGAUUGGCUACUGUACUGAUUAAUGGAAAUCCCUCCCUUGCAUGGGAGCAGGCUUUAUAAGGCCACUGUCUGAAUAAAUCUUUAGUUCUGCUCCUGAUACUGUGUGUCGUCCAGUUAUUGGGAUUGCUGUUGGGAUACUGCUGUGAUACUUUUCCUGCUGGAUACUCUGCCCUAUGGAUUUAUAAUUGCUUGUUCCCAAAGUGGAGAUAGGCUGUGUAAUACCAGCUCUCCGCUACACAUAUAUCCUUACUAUUUGAAGAAUUCCGCAGUGAUCUUUUAAUAGCGGUAAUAUAUUACUGUGAUCCUAAGGGUUGCAGUUAUUUAUGUGUGAGUCAUGCAUUAAAACAUUACCGCAGCGAUCCUAUGGGUAGCGGUGUGUGAUGUAUGCACUUUUUUAUCUAUGAUAAUUCCACAGCGAUCCUCUGGGUAGCGGUUAUUAUGUGUGACACAUGCAUUAAAUCAUUCAGCUUAUUGCCGCAGCAAUCCUAUGGGUAGCGGUGCAUGUUGUAUACACAUACUUCUUGUGAAUUAAAUUCGCAGUGUAUAAUUAAUUAUUUAUAUGGGGGACCUCCUUAAAAGAAUUGCCUAUGGUUCUUGCACUCACCUUUAUUUAGACUUUCAUUCGGUAGUUUCGUGCCAUUUCGCCACCUUUGUCGGCAUUCUCCUUUAUGUGCUGUGGUCCUAUUUGUCAAGUUUAGACGAUUUGUGUUCGUAUGAAUUUUCUUUGAUAGCAGAAUACUAAUUUCUUGUGUGGUACGAACGGUCCGUUCGUUUUCUUUUCAUGAAUUUAUGUUUGAUUUCACUUGUCAUUUCAGCACAAAAUUCAGAUAUUUGGGCAUGCGCAUUUGAAUGGUUGUCUGUUUGUGGUCCUGUCUUAUCAGGUUUUUUAUUUAAAAAUACAGUUUUCUCCUCUCCUUUGGAGUAAUUGAUGUCCCUUUGCUCUGGCAAUUAUUCCUGUAAGUGCAGGUAAGGUAUUUUUUUUUCUCCCUUUUUCUCCUUUCCUCUUCUUUAAAGGUGUAUAAAUUUCUUUAAUUUUUAAUUCUUGUCAUUUUUCUUUCUAUUAACCUAGCUGCCCUUAUGUCGGCGUCUAGAUCUUCAAGGUGGUGUCCUUCUAGGCAUUCGAGGUAAACUUGGCUUUUUCUCUUGUUUGAAAUUAAAAGAGUGCAUUUAUUUGGCUGCUUCAAGUCCUCUUCUUUCCGCUUCUUUCUGUGUCCAUGAAUUUGACACAUCUGAGAGAUUGGGUGGAGGCAAGAAAUCUCAUAAGUCUGACCGAUGUAUAGCCUGUGAUGCUAAAGCUUUGGAAGGAAAGAAAUUAUGUAGUUCCUGUCUGUCUGAAGCAGCUGGUUCUCCUAACGAUCCUUCUCCAGAUAUGAUUAAGUGGAUUCAGAUGGCUGUGGAUAAAUCUAUGGAACAGCACAGAUCUCAUAAACGCCCAAGAAUCUCUUCUCAAAGAGACAGGGAAGAUUCUGAUUCUGAUUCUUACGCAUCAUUUGUAGAUGUACAAUCUGAGGAAGGGGAAGGAAUGUAUUUCUCAGAAGACUCAGCCUCGGUGGAGGAACAUAUGGAUGUUAAGACCAUUGAGAAACUGAUAAAGGCUGUUAGGUAUAGCCUGAAGCUUGAAGCCAACCUCUUCAAGUAUCUUUCCAGAACUUGUAAAAAAGAGGUCUUCCUUUCUGAUCCAUGA